AAAAAAAAAAACAGCUUUGUACCUUAUUUACCAAUAAAUGUUGCAAAAUCGUUAAUAUUAAUGUUAUCAAAAAUACCUAAUUACAAUAUUAGUACCCAUAUAUAGAUAGACAGAUUAAUAGAUAGAUAAAAUAGCUUGAUAUAUAUAUAUAUAUAUAUAUAUAUAUUGAUUAGAUUUACCCAGAGUGAGAUAUUCUUGUUUUAAAUCUUAUGGUUACUGUUUUUUGCAAGCAUUAAUUUUCAUGUCAGCUGAGCGAUCACAAUGAUGCACAGACAAGCUUCUUUCCUCCAGCAUUCACGCUUAUUCCCCUAGUAUUUAUUGUUUUAUUUAUCUUGUGCUCAUCUGAAAUGCGUCACUUCUGCUCCUUGUACUAUUCUCUCUCUUCCUCUUCCCUCUGUAUGAAAUGUAAUGCUUUUAGGAUCGAUGAGCUGUAACUCUUUCUUUCUCCCCACAGGGGUGGACAGAUAUUUUCAUUUUCUCAUUGUGCAUCAUUGGAUUGCAUUGCUGUGUGUGUGUGUGUGUGUGUGUGCACAGAGACCCUCCUCCCAAUCAGAAUGGCCCUGCGCUCCCCCUCCCUUCUCUCACUCUCCUCUCCCUCCAUAUGUGCGAGGAAGAUGGUUGCAAGCAGCGUGGGCCUGUUUUUACUGUCGCACAUCCUGUCGUGAUCCGACCGGGAGGAAGCGGAGGAGAAGAAUCCCUCCAUUCAGAUCCUGUGGUGGGAGGAACAGGCCUGGAGUCAGCCAGAGCAGAGAGCUGUCUCCAGCAUGCAGCGUCACUCGUCUGAGGUGGCCCGUCUGUAUCAGACUGAGUUCAUCCGGAGCGCUCGGGCGGUGGGCAUGCUGUGGGCCGUCUGCACGCUCUGCUUUGCCAUUAUAGAGGUGGUCAUUCUCAUCCAGCCAUCAUGGGUGGGCACACGAGAGCUGCACUACCGAGGAGGGGGUCCGGCUCCUCCGACCGGGACACUGGGCCUCUUUGAGGUCUGCACGGAGAUGGAUUGGCCUGUCCCAGAAUGCCGAGGCUCUCUUCGCACCCUGACUCCACUCCCUGCCUUCCAGUCUCCCGCUGUGUUGGUGUGCAUGUCUCUCACUAUGGUGUGGGCCAGCGUGGGCUGUCUGUGUCUGUUCAGAUUCUGCAACGCAGCAACCGUCUAUAAGAUCUGUGCUUGGCUGCAGCUCACAGCAGGCUUCUGUCUGGCCCUGGCGUGUGUGUUGUUCCCAGACUCCUGGGCGUGUGCUGAGAUGCGGGCGCUUUGCGGGGACCGUGUGAGUAGUUUCUCCCCGGGGAACUGCUCUGUGCACUGGGCAUAUAUACUGGCCAUGUUGGGGGUGCUGGACUCCGGCAUACUGUCCACGCUGGCUUUUGUUUUGGGGAAUCGCCAAGAUGCCCUGCUGCCAGAAGAUGCCAAGGAUGGUGAUGUGACUGGCUUGUUACUGGCAGCAUAAAGCAGUGGUCAGAGGUUGUUGGUGGCUGUUUCAUCACGUCGUUUGUGAACUUCUCUCCUGACAAAUAAUGAUGAGAUAAAACAUGUGAAGAGAUGUUUCUCUUUUCCCCCUCAGCAUGAUGUCACCGUCCUGUGAAUUCUGCUUACAUAACCUGUCUGCAUAGAAACAGUCACCUGGCAACAGAGUCCUUUCUCCCCUGAUGGAGGAACAUUACUCUGAUCUUGUAAUGGCGGCUCUAAAUAGAGAAGAGCAAAGGCCAUUUUCUUUAGUGCAUUUCCAAGUGGAGGUAUAGUCGAGGUCUCUGUGAUCACAGAUCACAUGUGGUUUUCAGUUAAAUGAUAUUUAGAGGAUUGACUGUGAUGUUGGAUUCCAUGUUCUAGAUGUUUUUGUGCAUGAAUUUAAGUCUGAAUUUAAACUCAGCAUAAUAUUACUAUAAAUCUGUUUAGUUUAGUUUUUGGUCAGUAAAGUCUUAAUCGUUUAGAUUUAAUGAUUUGAUCAUCUUUAAGCUAAAGGUAGCUAAUAACUUUAAGUAAGCACAAAAUAAAAAUCUGCCUAUUUAUUUUCUUAUCCAAA